GUGAGUCGGCAAACGAUGGAGCAGAAGGGAAGAAAAAGGAGACCAAUAGAUAGAGAAGCCGCCGGCGCGGGGGGAGGAGGAGCCCCGCCGGUGGUUUUUGGUGAGGGGGGGGUGUUGAGGGAGGGGAAGAGAAGGAGGGAUCGUACGGACGCGUACCUGCUGGCCGCCGGAGCAUUUUCUCCCAUCGCUGUCGUACGAGGCGCGGCAGUGGACCCCACCGUCUACAGGUGGCCAAAGACGUGCCUCCACCGCAGCGCAAACUGGGGCGGUUUCCAUCUUUCUUUUAGGAAGGGACGAACCGGACAAGGAAGGUGGAGGAUGGUGAGGAGGAAGACGCAGCUGAGGCGGCUAGAGAACGCGACGAGCCGGCAGGUGACCUUCUCCAAGCGCCGCAACGGGCUACUGAAGAAGGCCUUCGAGCUCUCGGUGCUCUGCGACGCCGAGAUCGCCCUCAUCAUCUUCUCCGCCCGCGGCAAGCUCUACGAGUUCGCCACCUCCAGUAUGCAAGAAAUACUUGACCGUUACAGAGGACAAGCAAAAGAAAGGACCAGCGGCAGUGUCAUAGAACAUGAUAAGCAGGUAUGAAGCUGCAAAUAUGGUCAAGAAGAUGGAGCAUCUUGAAUCCUCUAUAUGGUCAGUUUCAACCUUCUACUCAUUCUCUAUUUUUUUGUGUUAGUAUAGUAACUUAAAACGCUUAAAUUUUGCUGACUUUGGGGUUCUAAAUCCAAAAAUAUGAUGAAGGAAAAUAUUAGGUGAAAAAUUAGAAUCAUGUUCUCUUGAAGAACUGCAUGAAUUGGAGGGCAAGUCACCGGGCAAUUUACUGUCUACUUCUAAUUGAAGACAUUGAUAAGCUAAAGUAGAUGUGUUGUUUUCAGUACCAAUUAGUAGAAGAGCAGCUUGCACAGCAUCAAGAGAAGGUAGAACAUCUCUCCAAACCCUGCCAAAUAACAUUUAUGUUAUCCUAUGCAAGUAUAAUACAAAUCUUUAACGUGAAAAGGUACAUCAAAUCAAUCGAUGUAAAAGUGAUUCCAUCUUAUCCAUCGUUAAGUAAAUUAAGCAUUUCCAUGGUUUGACCUGAGAUGAUCAUUUUUGAUGUUUGAAUUGCAUGCAAGCUACAAUAUAAGCUACCAUUUGCUGCUACCAAGGAAGUUGGCAUACCCGGUCAACAUACUGAUGUCGAGACAGAGCUUUGCAUUGGAUGCCCCGGAAGAUGAAGGAGAAACAGUGUGAUUCCAAUUUGAUUGUGCACGUAUAUAAUGCAUCUAUAUGUUUGAUGCUGCAGAAUAAGUGGUCUUACAGUUCUCUAAGAGAGACAUAGGUGUAGACAUAUGCCUUAGCUCAAGUUGGAAUCAGUUCAAAUAACACAAAAGGAUGAGAAUUAUGUUGACUAAGAUUUUUGUUGGACAGGUUUAAAUCAGUCUUGCCUUUGUCUUUGGUUUUAA